UAAUCGAAACAUAUUGCGAUAUAAAAAUGUCUCACUAUACAAAGCUAUAUUCGGUAGGAACUCAGUUGGAUAUAUUGCUAAAAACACCUGGAGUUCUACGUUUGGAAGAAAUCUUUACUCUCCUGGCACAGUAUUUUCAACCUAGGAAAAAUGUGCGUCACUCGAACGUAAAAAUAUCGUUGGAUAGAAUCGCACAAGGUGUAUUGGAUUGUCUCAAAAAGAUACAUCCCAACCAUUCAAUAUUCUCGACGUCCACUGCAAUUUUUUCCUAUUGGGAAAACAACAAUAUUGAUGAUAAUCAUUGGGACGAGGCAGAAAGUAUCCAGAUCAUGGAUACACUCCAGGAAUAUAUAUUUGGUAAAUUAAACUUUCGAUCAUGCAGUAGGUACGAUGCAAAAUUGGAAUACAUGUGCAUAGAUAAUGUUUUACAACAUAAAUUUGGUCAAGAAGCAAUUGUAUUAACAAUAUAUCGCAGCGUAGCUAGAAGACUUGGUCUACGUUGCGAUAUUCUCUUGCAUAUCAAGGGUAUAUAUUGCCUAUAUUGGAAACCUAAAUAGUAGGUAGAAAUAUAGGUACAGAUAUACAGGGUGUAUCAUAAGUCACGUUGCAAAUUUGAAAAAUGAGUUUGUCAAGUCAUAAUAAGUCGAAAUUAGAGGAUGGUAAAAUUACGUUUGA